UGUUAACAGGGCUGAUGUACCACAGGCCCGAGGACCCUUUGACAUUCUUGGAGAGUUGCCUGCAGAAAACACGAGACCUCGGGGGUCCUGAAUGUGUGGCCUGGGACACUUUCAUUACACCUGAUCGAAAACCUCUACCACCAAUCACCCCGGCACAGGGAAAGAAAGCCCCCUGCAAACUCGACAGUGGUCCUGGUCCAGGCCCCGGACCUUACCGUCGAUAUGACAGGUUGCCACCAAUCCAGGCCCAGUUCUCUAUAGAAAGUGACUCAGACAUGACGGAGUCCUCGGGGCUCAUACAGGAAUAUGAUGUCUUUGACCCAUCAAAACCACGACCACAAAUCAUAUUCAUUAUAGGUGGACCGGGCAGUGGGAAGGGCACUCAGACAGCUAAACUUGCACAUCACUAUGAUUACGAGCAUGUGUCUGUGGGGGAAAUUUUGAGGAACCAGUUGCUGCAUCAUGCCCCCAGUGACAGGAAAUGGGAGCUGAUUGCUCAGAUCAUUGCCAAUGGAGAACUGGCACCUCAGGAGACAACUAUUGAAGAGCUGAAACAUCAGUUUAUCAAAAAGCAGGAUGCUAAAGGAUUCAUUGUGGAUGGAUUCCCCAGAGAGAUCUCACAGGCUUUCACCUUUGAGGAGCAGAUUGGCUCCCCAGACUUGGUGAUUUUGCUUGCCUGCUCCAAUCAGCAACUCCGGCAGCGUCUAGAGAAAAGAGCUUCCCAGCAGGGCCGUCCUGAUGACAACACUCACGCUAUUGAGAAGAGGCUAGAUACUUUCAAACACAAUAUCACACUCAUAGCCAAGUACUACCAGGAGAGAGGACUUAUUGUAAGGGUCGAUGCAGAUCGAGAAGAAGACGACAUUUUCACAGACAUUUGUACCAUUGUAAAGGAGAGAUUGUUCCCUAGCGACAUAAAUGCAAGCAGUACUGAAGAUCUUUAGAGGGAUGUCUAAACAUCCAAACAGCUGCUGCCAUUAAAUCCAAAAUGUCAAAAGCAGCCUGCCAAACAUUUUAUUUGACCAUCAUUUUUCAUCAAUAAACUUGGGGGUCAGAGUCGAGGAUCAGGGAAAAGGGUCAAGGAAGUAAUUUAAUAUACUGUAUAACUUACACUUGUUGUUGCCUCUAUUUGUACUUCACUGUGAAUCUUCUCUAUACAACUUUUGCAGUAAUUUAAUAAGAAUGACUUUUUAGAGCAGAACCUUUUUUCCCAACAUUUUCUGUUUUUGUUUCUGAAUUUUAAUGUUGUUUUGACUUGAUAUUAUUCAUGUAUAUUUGGAGCUCAAGCCAGAAAUAGUGGGAGUUGUUAAAAAACGCACCAAAUUAUAAUGCAAUAUCACAAUAACAAUAUUAAAUGUUUUCAAACAAAUUGCCUCACCUAUU